GCGUCGUGCGGUCUGUUAAGGAGACCCUGAGCAGCCAGUUUGUGGAGAACUGCAAGGGCGUCGUUCAGAGGCUGACGCUGCAGGAGCAUAAGAUGGUCUGGAACCGAACAACCCACCUCUGGAAUGACUACGAGAAGAUCAUCCACCAGCGAACCAACACCACCCCUUUCGACCUGGUCCCUCCGGAGGAAGGCACCGCUGUCACCGUCAGGGUGAUGAAGCCGCUGGACGCUGCCGAGCUCAGCCUGGAGACAGUGUACGAGAAAUUCCACCCCUCUGUCCAGUCCUUCACCGACGUUAUCGGCCACUACAUCAGCGGAGAGCGGCCGAAGGGCAUUCAGGAGACGGAGCAGAUGCUGAGGGUGGGCACGGCGCUGACGGGAGUGGGCGAGCUGGUCCUGGAUAAUGCCACCAUCAAACUGCAGCCCCCCAAGCAGGGCAUGCCCUACUACCUGAGCAGCGGGGAUUUCGACUCCUUGCUGCAGAAACAAGAAUCGAACGUCCGCUUUUGGAAAAUCCUCACAGUCAUUUUCGGGUUUGCCACUUGCGCCAUCCUCUUCUUCAUCCUACGGAAGCAAUACCGGCAUCACCGGGAGCGGCGGCACCUCAAACAAAUGCAGGAUGAAUUCCGGCAGGCCCAGGAGCGCCUGAUGCGCGAAAUGAACGCGGAGGGCGGAGAGACGCUCAAAAACGCUUGUGUCAUCUGCUUGAGCAACACCAAAUCCUGCGUCUUCCUGGAAUGUGGGCACGUUUGCUCGUGUCAUGAGUGCUACCGAGCUCUCCCCGAACCCAAAAAGUGCCCCAUCUGCCGGCAGGGCAUCUCCAGAGUGGUUCCCUUGUACAACAGUUAA